CAGCCAUACAGCUCGGUGUGUUUUAUCAUUGAACUUAGAUGCAACUGGGGCUGCAAUGGGAUCAAAUUUAAGCUCAAAUGAGACAUUUACGGGCACCUCAGCGCCAGUGGAGAGAACGAGGCCAGUAUCUCCUUUCAACUUGCUUACUGUAAAAAUACUAAGGCUGAGGAAUGUCCGGAAGGCAGACUUGCUCACCCUUUCAGAUUGCUAUGUGACAUUGUGGUUGCCUACUGCCUCGUCUGAGAAGGUUCGGACCAGAACCAUCAGGAACAGCAAAAAUCCAGUCUGGAAUGAAGCUUUCUGUUACAAGAUUGACCGACGAGUGAAGAAUGUGCUGGAGCUGAAGGUUUGCGAUGAAGACACAGUCACCAGGGAUGAUGAACUCUGCACGGUUCUCUUUGACAUAGAUAAACUUAGUGUAGGACGUACUGUUCGAGUGAAGUUUCAACUGAAUCCACAGGCACGCGAGGAGCUGGAGGUGGAGUUCACAUUGCAGAACACUCUGGACUAUCCUGAUGGCAUCAUUACUAAUGGAGUGCUAGUGGCUCGUGAGGUUUCCUGUUUGGAGGUCAGAGUGGAUACAGGGAAGCUGAAGCAGCAAUCCACAAAUCAGGAGCUUAUGUUCACAGUGAAAGGAUCCCAUGAAGGAAGCCAGAAGAUUUCCCUGGGCUAUGAACCCAGCCUUCAGAUCAUUGUAUUUCAUUGCAUCAUAAAUGACCAGACAAGACUGGACAUCAUGUUACCAGAAGAGCUGGCUGACAAAAAUGGAACUCAGGAAUAUGGAGUCCUCUCUUUUCCUCUGAAUUCACUCCCUUUGCAGAAGGAAAUAACAGUAGAAGAGGAUCAAUCCUUUGAGUUGUACUUGACAUCAAGAAAAUGCUCAGGAGAUCUGGAUGUGCGUCUGGGGUACAGCCUGUGCAGGGAGGAGCAAGACUUCCUGCAGAAAAGAAAGAAAUAUGUUGCUGCUGCUCUGAAGAAGAUCCUUAAUUUGGAGGAGGAUCUGAAGGAGCAUGAGGUGCCAGUGGUGGCCAUCACGACGACUGGGGGCGGGACGAGGUCACUGACAGCGAUGUAUGGCAGCCUACUGGGGCUCCAGAAACUCAAUCUGUUAGACUGCAUUUCUUACAUUGGUGGUUUAUCAGGUACCACAUGGACAAUGGCAAACUUGUAUGAAGAUGCUGACUGGUCGGAAAAAUAUCUGGAAGAGGCGAUCAAGGAAGCUCGCAAGCAAGUAACAAAAAACAAGAUCUGCUGUUUUUCCUUGGAUUGUUUGAAGUACUACUACAAUGACCUGAUGGAGAGGGUUAAAGAAGGACGUAACACGUCUUUCAUAGACUUAUGGGGGCUUGUCAUUGAAUCCAUGCUACAUGAUAAGAAAGAUGAACACAGACUCUCGGAUCAGCGGCAGGCAGUGGAUAAUGGACAGAACCCAUUGCCCAUUUAUGUAGCCAUCAACCUCAAGUCCAACUAUAGUGCUCAGGCAUUCAGAGAGUGGUUGGAGUUCACUCCUUAUGAAGUCAGUCUCCUGAAAUAUGGAGCAUCUAUCCGUGCAGAACAUUUUGGAAGUGAAUUCUUUAUGGGAAGGCUUGUGAAGAGGCUCCCAGAGACUCGGAUCUGCUACAUGCAAGGCAUGUGGAGUAGUAUAUUUUCCAUAGAUGUGAUGUAUGUCUGGAAUUUGGCUGCUGAUUCAGAGGAUUUCUGGUUCAGAUGGACCAGGGAUAGAGUAAAAGAUAUUGAGGAAGAACCCUUUCUGUCCAUGAAUCCUUGUGAGGUAGACACGUGUAUGCUCAGUCCCUCAUCCACCUUCUCCUCUGUUCUGCGAGAUGUCUUAACGGGACGCCCAACCAUUGCACAGUAUCCCAAUUUUAUCAGAGGCUUACAGAUGCACAGCAAGUACCUGGAGAGUGAUGGAUUUUCUACCUGGAAAGACACAGUAAUAGACUCCUUCCCAAAUAAACUGAUGGAAACAGCUAAUGAUGAGCUCUCCCUGGUUGACACUGGGUUUUUCAUCAAUACCAGCUACCCACCACUUUUGAGAUCGAAAAGGGAAGUGGAUGUCAUCCUGCAUUUAAAUUACAGUGGGGGAUCCCAAACACUGCCUCUGGAUCAGAUUGCAAAAUACAUAUCGGGGCAAGGAAUUCCAUUUCCCAAAAUUGAGAUAAGUGAUGAAGACAGGGAAAACUUGAAGGAAUGUUAUGUUUUUGAAGAUGCUGACAGUCCACAAGUUCCAAUAGUGCUCUUCUUCCCCUUAGUGAACGAUACUUUCAAGAACUACAAAGCUCCUGGUGUGGAAAGGAGUCCUGAAGAGAUGGCUGAAGGCAAAGUUGAUGUUUGCAGUAUCCUUUCCCCAUUUACAACAAGGGAGGUCUGUUUCAGUGAAGAGAAUUUUGACAAACUGGUGAAAUUGACUGAUUACAAUGUCCUGAAUAAUGAAAACUUGAUUAUUCAGGCCUUGCGCAUGGCAGUGGCACGGAGGAAGCAGAGGAAUUACUAGCCGCCAUUUGCUAACUUUAAACUCCCAUGUGAUAUUUCUUGAGUUAUCUGUCAUCUAGUGAGAUUAAACUGUUUGAUGCUUGCCACUCUAAUCUGCAGUUGAAAUUGCAUCACCCCUUGGAAUUGAUGGACUCCAGUUCAUUCUAUUUAAGUGACUGUUCAGAUGGGCAGAAUGGA